UCUGUCCCCGCCACUGCAGACCACAGGCGGAAAGGAGCAGGUACUUGGUGCUAUGAUUCACAAGACCCUAAAUGUGGCCCUUUGCAUUGGAAGGACAUCGCAUCUCACUGUGGAGGACAGAACCAAUCGCCCAUCAAUAUCGUCCGAAGAAAAGCACAACGGGACAAGAACCUCGAGGAGAUUUUGUUUGAAGGAUACGACCAAGCCCCUACUGGCAGGUGGAGGCUGCUGAAUGAUGGACACACCGUCGUAAUGAACCUGGAUGGAGCUUCCACUGCAGAACAAAUUAACAUCACCAGAGGUGGCCUUGACGACGUGUACCGGGCGUUGCAGUUCCAUUUUCACUGGGGGGAUCUCAACAGGAAUGGCUCAGAGCACACCAUUGAUGGGAAACAGUACCCUAUGGAGUUGCACAUCGUCCAUAUGAAUGCCAAGUACAAAACGCUAAACGAAGCCAAAGGGCACCCCAAUGGAGUUGCUGUCUUGAGCUUCUUGUUUAAGGCAUCUGAUGCAGAUAACACCAAUUACAACACAAUCAUAGCUGGCCUGAAAAACAUUUCUCGUCCAGAGGAGUACGUUGACUUGGCGUCCACAUUUCCCCUGAGCAAUCUUCUGCCCAACAUGGCCUUGCUUUCCAAAUAUUACCGCUACAAGGGUUCCCUCACCACCCCGACCUGUGACGAAGUGGUCGCGUGGACCGUGUUUGAAGAACCAAUUCCAAUCAGCAAGCCGCAGCUGAAUGCCUUCGCCAGCACCCUUUACUUCAAAACCAUCGGCGUGACGCCGCUGAAAAUGAGCAACAAUUUCCGUCCUCCGCAAUCACUGAACAGCCGCAAAGUCUUUGCCUCCAGAGAUGCUACCAUCAGUGGUGGGCCUUCCUUGGCUGACAGUCAGAUCUUUCUUCUUGUUUUGGCUUGUACGGCUGGCUGGCUCUCUGGCCCCUUCUGGCUGCCCUGAAGGAUAGUUGAAGUCAAUCACAAGCGAUGGAUACUUCACAGCAUCUUCAUGCCCAUAGUUUUUCACUGUGAUCCUUUUCAAGGCGCUGGGUUGGGGGAAAACUUAGGAAAACUGUUUAGGAAUGACCCAUCUCCAAACAAUGGGGUCUAAGAUAGUCACGGCUCACUUGCCCCAUAGUUUCAAAUACUUGUUUCCCGAGCACUACUAAAUCUGGACCCAAUCCACUGAACCAAAUGAUGCAUGAACUGGCAAGAAAGAGGAAGAGGAUACACAACUUUUUAAUUUUUUUGCUUAUUUGUUGAUUUUCGAAUUUUGCUAAGAGAUACAUAUUCAUGACGUAUGAGUAGGGGAUAGUCCUGUGGAAAUCAAAGGCCUCCACCAUACAAUCCAUGUGCCAUGUGGGAGUGAAAUUGAGGUUAGGAUAGAGUAAAACAUUCACCUUUGCCGAUUUUUGGAGUGAUGGUGGCAGCAUCAGCAUGCAGGAACAUGGUGUACAAGUGACCUUUCCAUCAGAAUGUGAAAUACUUAAAUGAUGUUGAAUUGAAAUUAUAAUGAAUAAAUAA